CCGGUAUGUGCGUGUCCCGGAUGUCUCGCGAGUUCUCGUCAAAAGCGUCUGCAGAUCUCGCGAGAUAACAUACUAGAUUCUGAUUGGCUAUCAACUGAGCGCAGAAUUUUAAAGUUUGUUGAUGCUGCUCCUGUGCAAAUCUACAAGGUUUGAGAAUGGAGCUCCUGGACGAAUUUGACCCCGCCCUGCCCAUGGGUGCACACUACUGCAGUAACAAGCUCACAGCUGAGGAGUACGAACAACAGGGGUCAGAGGCUACCAGACAGGCACUGAUGGAACUGCAGGAGACAAUGAAGCAGAACCCAGAGCUGUACAGACAGGUUCUGGGGAAGAAGAGAAUAGAUGAGGGGAAUGUCUUCUCCAAACUCAAGGGGAAACUGAUGACAGCUGUGAAGGGGGACGAAUAUGGGAGGGAGAAAGUCACAGAGUUGGAAACUCAAGUGAAGAUGGCUGAACUGCACGAGGAGAUGUUUAAAGUCUAUGAAUAUGCACAAGAGGAAAGAACUAUGACCAGAAAGUCCAAGAGACUGGCAGAAAAAAGAGCAAAGAAGGUCAAAGAGCAGCCAACCACUCCUGAGAAGUCAGCUUCCAGUGAGGGGGAUACCUACACUACACCACCCCAGUUUGUCCCCCCACCCCCUCCGCCAUACCCCCCUCCUGUACUGGGUACACCCAUGGCUCUCAGGGAGAGGACCAACAUGCAGUCAACUCCUGCACCUGCUGCAAUUGCAAAGAAAAAGACAUCAGACAAAAAUGGGCUGAUGCAUGGCUCCAGCACUUCCAUCAACAGUGUCCACUCUGAGCUGCUUGCCUCCAACCAGAUGCUUCGGCUUAGACCUACAAGGGUUAAACGAUCUCCAGGUGGCACUCCGUACUACCGCCCCAGACACGCCCGCCCCAAGCUGAAGGCUGUGGAGAUGUCGUACGACAGCGUCAGCAGCUUCAACCUCAGCAGCCCCUUCAGCCUCUUCAACUGCUCCCUGCUGCAGAAGUUCCGCAAUGCCCGCAGUCCUGCCAGCCCUGCAGACAACGUACCGGACUCCCCUCACAGCCCUGCGAACUUCUCUCCCUGAAUCCUCAACUCAAACUGUCAUUGUACAUACACAACUUUUUUCUGUCUUAUCUUUGCACUCAGUCUGUACAAUUUGAUUCAAUUUGAUUUACCUAAUGUAAAUGCAUUUACUUUUGCAGUGGUUUUAUAUUUUGUGGUUGAAACAAUUACAAAACACCUAAUCGAGGCAUCAUGGCUUUGCAGUAAAGGUCACGACAAAAAUGAACCACUGCAAAUACUUCAAGGUUCAUGGUAUGAAUUACAGUAUACCAAUCAUACUCUAUAUUCGGUCAUAAUUUCUUAACCUUUGUCUUUGACAUUCUAUGUUCCUGUCGUAAUAUUUCAAUAUUGUUUGGGGGAACUUGUCCCUGAGAGAGAGAGAGAAGUGUGCAGGUGGUGUUCUACCACUGUACACAAAUAGCUGUUAGCUAGUGUAAUGGAUAGCUAACUUUUUAUAAUUUUGUUAUGUAAUACCAAUGUAAUCUCAGGUUUAACUUGGUAACAUUCCAAAAACUGAACAAAGGAUCAUGUAAAAGAGUUCACUGUAAAUAUAGCAUCUUCCACACAAGGGUAUAGAAGGAAAAGAAGGCAUGCCAAGAUUAUAUUUUCAAAUAGAUUCUACGUGAAACUGCAAGUUAUGAUACACUGUAAUAACAAAAGUGGAAAUAUAGUGCUGAAUGCAAACAUAAAUCAUGAUUGUAAUAAGUUUAAUACCUGGUAGAUGUAUUUCUAGCAUUUCUUUGCAAAAGCAAAAUCUACCGUUAAUUGCUUAUUUUUUUGUGCUUAUUUCCUCCUUAGAUAUUCUAAUAAUCAAGUAAUAGAGCCCAUUCCGAGUCAACGAGAGGGAUUCAUCUACUUGCAUAUCAGAUAAGUUAUUAUAUUCCUACUACAUUUUGUAUUAAACUCUAUACUGUACAGUAUACAUCAUCUGUAUUACUGUGUUUAACAGAUCUGGCAUGUAAAAUGAUACCAAAGAAACUGAAGCAAUAUAGCCUUCUGCCAUAUAUGUCAUAUAAUAUGCUAAAAUAAAAUAAUGCUGUAAUAUCAA